UAUACAUCCAUAAUAAUUACAAUAAUAAUUUGUUGCUUAAAUAAUAAAAUUAAAACCAUUGAUCUCAAUUUCGUUUCUCGUGCUUAGAUCUAUCCGCUAUUUUAAACCUUACUAACUUCACAGAGAUAUGAAACGAUUACGAGAUGAUGUGUAUAGUAGUAAUUCCUCUCAAAUUAAACGUCCUUUUGCUUCUUCACGUCCACCUGCUCAAUCCUAUGGCCCACCACAUGUCUCUGGAGGACGAGGUGAAGCAGUAGGAGGAGUUGGUGCUGGUGGAGGGGGAGGGGGAGGGGGAGGGGGAGGGGGAGGAGGUGCUAGUAAUGCACAGAAACUCACUACCAAUGAUGCUCUAACAUACUUAAAGGAAGUUAAGGACAUGUUUCAAGACCAGAGAGAAAAAUAUGACAUGUUUCUCGAUGUUAUGAAAGACUUCAAAGCUCAAAGGAUUGAUACCGCGGGGGUUAUAGCAAGGGUCAAAGAAUUGUUUAAAGGGCACAAUAAUCUAAUAUUUGGAUUCAACACUUUCUUGCCCAAAGGCUAUGAAAUUACUGUCAUUGAAGAUGACGAGGCUCCACCAAAAAGAACUGUGGAGUUCGAAGAAGCUAUAGGCUUUGUAAACAAAAUAAAGAAACGUUUUCAAAACGAUGAUCAUGUUUACAAGUCAUUUUUAGACAUCUUGAAUAUGUAUAGGAAGGAACACAAGGGUAUCAAUGAAGUGUACCAUGAGGUUGCUACGCUUUUUGAAGAUCAUCCAGAUCUUCUUGACGAGUUCACAAGAUUUUUGCCAGAUGCUUCCGCUGCUCAUCAAGCUUCAAUUUUCCGGCAAUCAAAUCAUCGUUAUGAUGAACGGAGCUCAGCGAUGGCCCCACAAAGACACACACAGUUAGAUAAACGAGGCCGUCGAGAUAGAAUUAUUCCUCCCCAUGGAGAGCGAGACCCAAGUGCUGAAGGUCUUGAACUGGAUGAUGAUAAAUCAAGGAUGAAACUUUACAAGGAGCAAAGGAAAAAAGAGAUUAGGGAUCGAAGAACUCGUGAUCAGGAUGUUAAAGAGAUUGAUAUUGAUCACCAUCUUGAAAAACAAAAAUCUGCACGCAAGGUUGAGGAUUUUGGUUCACAUUCGGGUUUGGCUCCAUAUGAAGACAAAGAUGCCAUGAAAAGUACGUACAGCCAAGAGUUUACUUUCUGUGAGAAAGUCAAGGAUAGAUUACGCAAUCCGGAAGAUUAUCAAGCGUUCUUAAAGUGUUUACACAUCUAUAGCACAGAAAUAAUUACAAAGAAAGAAUUACAGAGCUUGGUUUCAGAUUUGCUUGGAAAGCACCCAGAUCUUAUGGAAGGAUUCAGUACAUUUUUGGAGCGUUGUGAAAAUAUAGAUGGAUUCCUUGCUGGUGUUAUGGACAAAAAAGCUUUGUGGAAUGAAACGCAUGCAUCCAAAUCAACUAGGACAGAGGAGAAAGAAAGAGGGCAUAGACGUGAACAUCAUGCUAAAGAGGACAUGUACAAAGAGAAGUAUUGGGGGAAAUCUAUACAAGAACUUGAUCUCUCUAAUUGUCAGCGUUGCACUCCCAGUUACAGGCUUCUUCCGGAUGAUUAUCCAAUACCAUCAGUUGGCCAGAGAUCAGAGCUUGGUUCUCAAGUACUUAAUGAUCAUUGGGUAUCUGUAACAUCUGGUAGUGAGGAUUAUUCCUUCAAACAUAUGCGUAGAAACCAAUAUGAAGAGAGCCUGUUCAGAUGUGAGGACGAUAGGUUUGAGCUAGAUAUGUUGUUGGAGUCUGUGAGUUCUACUUCCAGACGCGCUGAAGAGUUGUUGAACAACAUCAACAACAAGUCAAUAAGUACGGAGGUUCCCAUCCGUAUCGAGGAGCAUUUCACAGCUCUUGAUUUACGGUGCAUUGAACGUCUAUAUGGUGAUCAUGGUCUUGAUGCGAUGGAUAUAUUGCGUAGAAACCCGUCUCUUGCAUUGCCUGUCAUAUUGACUCGCUUGAAACAAAAACAAGAGGACUGGUCAAAGUGUCGAUUUGACUUUAACAAGGUUUGGGCUGACAUAUAUGCUAAGAACCAUUACAAAUCACUUGACCAUCGUAGUUUCUAUUUCAAGCAACAAGAUUCAAAGAAUCUCAGUACCAAAUCCUUGGUGGCGGAAAUCAAGGAAAUAAAGGUAAAAAGCCAGAAAGAUGAUAAUGUCCUACUGAAUAUUGCUGCCGGAAGUAGACACUAUGUCCUGCCAAAUCUUGAGUUUGAAUUUAGUGACACUGACAUUCAUGAGGACUUGCUAAAACUUAUCAAAUAUUCAUGUGAAGAAAUCUGCACAACCACAGAACAGGUGAACAAAGUUAUAAGGUUAUGGACUACCUUUUUGGAGCCAAUUUUGGGUGUUCCUUCUCGUGAAUCUCGUGGUCAUAAUUCCGAUGGUGCCGAAGACACUGAGGUAUCUACUCGCAGUGCUUCCAAAACUUUUAGUACCCAUGCACCUGGGAUUGAUGGAAGUCCUGGUGCUGAUGUUGAUGAUGGGUCCACGCUUGUGAAGCAGUCUUGCAAUGGGAAUCAUACCACUCCGCCUGAUCAAGUAGAUCCUAGCGAGAAGAGCUUGAUCAAUGGAGAUGCAUUGACCAAGGUAGAUGAGUCUAGACCAGAGAAAGACGUUACGAUAACGGGGGCUGGUGAUAAAAUGCCGAGUUCUAAUCAAUCACGACCUUUGGUGGAACAAGCAGUAGACUCUGGUCCAGGCGUAGAUUUGUCUGGGCAUGAAGCAAGUAGUUCUAGACCUAAUAAUGUUACCAAGGAUGAUCAUGAAGCCAAAUCUAAGAUUGACAAAGUGCCCUCAUCACAGCAUCGAGCUAUCCCAAGAUCGUCCAUAGUGGCAAAUGGAGAUUCAGCCGAACCUUCCAAAACUGAGAAAGAAGAGGGUGAGUUGUCACCUAAUAAUGAUUUUGAUGAUGUUAACUUUGGUGUGGAGGGCACUGGCUACAGGGCUAGUGGAGAUGCUGAUGACGAGGACAGUGUGAAUGUCUCUGAGAGUGCUGAUGUAUCGGGCAGUGAGUCUGCUGCUGAUGAGUGCUCACAGGAGGCUCCUGAAGAAGAUGGUGACCAUAAUGAUGUCGAUGGUAAAGCAGAAAGUGAAGGAGAGGCUGAAGGGGUAGAGGAAACAAAUUUUGUUGGCGGAGAUGGGUUGUUGCCACCAUCGGAGCAGUUUUUGCAAACGGCAAAACCGUUGGCAAAACGUGUAGUAUCUCCUUUAUAUGAUGGAGAAAGAAAAGAUUCUCAUGUUUUUUAUGGAAAUGAUAGCUUUUAUGUGCUCUUUAGGCUUCAUCAAGUAUUAUAUGAUAGGCUAUUGUCAGCUAAACUCAAUUCGGCAUCUGCUGAAUUGAAGUGGAAAACUUCAAAGGAAACUUGUCCUCCUGAUAUAUACUCUAGAUUUAUGAGUGCUCUAUAUAGUUUACUCGACGGAUCUGCUGACAAUGCUAAAUUUGAAGAUGAUUGUCGGGAAAUUUUAGGAAAUCAAUCUUACGUGUUAUUUACAUUGGAUAAGCUGAUUUAUAAACUCGUUAAACAGCUUCAAACUGUUGUUGGUGAUGAGAUGGACAACAAACUACUUCAACUAUACGAGUAUGAAAAAUCUAGGAAAGCUGAUAAAUUCAUUGAUUCUGUAUACUACGAAAAUGCACAUGUCCUUCUUUAUGACGAAAGCAUAUACAGAUUCCAAUGUUCAUCUGGUCCAUCUCGUUUAACCAUCCAGCUGAUGGAUGAUGGGAAUGAAAAGCAUGAAGUGGUCGCAGUUUCUGUGGAUCCUAAUUUUGCAGCUUAUCUUCACAAUGAUUUUCUAUCAGUCGUUCCUGAAAGAAAGCAAACUGGCAUCUUUAUGCAACGAAAUAAACGCCGAUUUUCAGACCUAGACGUAUCCUCUGCCAUGGAAGGGGCUCAUAUGACCAAUGGGUUGGAGUAUAAGAUGUCUUGUAGCUCGUCAAAGAUAUCUUAUGUUCUUGAUACAGAAGACUACCUCCGUGUGAGAAGAAAACUAAGAAAUCUUACAGGAGAUGGAUCAUCAACCACAGCGUCUCAUAAUCGGGGAAAAAUAGAACGAUUUCACAGAUUCUUAUUAGCAGCUACGGUUUGAUAAAAACAUUCUGCCAAAUAUUGUCCAUAAACUUCAAGAAAGUGAGCCCUGAAUAACUGCUACCAGACUUUGUGUUUAAAUGGUCUGAUCUUGCUGGUUAAUGAAAGGGCAGAAGGUUCAGGUCAAAAUGUAAACAAGUGUAUGAAGUUUAUAUAGACAUUGGGGGUUGUGUAAAUAGAGGGUGUGAUCCUUUUAAUUGUGUCACAUGUUGUUUAGCAACACAAAGUUCAAGUGUUUGUAACUUUAGAAUUACAUAGAAAGGAUCUUUCUCGAGUUUAUUGUUAGGAAUGUUGGAACAGCUAUUGAUGGAAAUCCAGGGCUGUCCUAUAGAUUAAUUAGUACAAAGGUUAGCUUUACUAUUCCAUUUCAACUCUUGAACAUGUUGUAAGUUUUCAAUUUAUUCAACCUUUUUUUUAUUUACUUA